GUUAAGUUGGAAAGUCAAGCAAAAACCCCCUUGUCCUUGUCUCACUUUCUAUCUUGCUUUCAUCCUUUUGUCACACACAACUUUCCCCUUUUCCCCCUUUCUUCUUCCUUUCCAGCCUUUCCGUUUCUUCCUCUUCUUCACCAACUUACACACAACAAACUUCUAUGAUCUCAUAACCAAAAGAAGGUUAUCAUGACUGCUAUGUAUUGUCUUACUUUUUUACGAAUACCAAUUUCAUUUGUGCAUGUGUGCUACACACCCCAAUGCUAAGUACUAUAAGUCCGGAGUCCGAAUUCAACAUGGAGUUAAUCUUUUUUUGUCUUUGACUUGACCGUAUGAAUGAAUUUGCUGACAUGUCCAAUAAUCAAUAAUCAGGACCUGUUGUGUUGGCUAUGCUCACUUUGCAGUUGAUUGAUAUCAUACACCAAACCUUAUAACAUGUUACUGAGUUGCGUUGUGUGUGGUUGCUAAUAAAGCUUACCGCUUACCGCUUACCACUCACCACUUAUUACUAGGUUUCUAGGUUUUAACACUCACUAUGGCCUACGAAUAUGCCCUUGUACAUCUCAAGUACACUAUCCCCCCGGCUAUAUUCCUUACACUCGUUUUGAGGCCCUUACUCACCAAAUUGGAUCUGUAUAAGACUCUGAUAUUGAUACUCGUCGCUUUCUUUGCCACGCUCCCCUGGGAUUCGUAUUUAAUUCGCCAUGGCAUCUGGACUUAUCCUCCCAAUGCCAUAGUGGGGCUGCGUCUCUAUGGCAUACCAGUCGAAGAAUUGUUCUUCUUCGUCAUACAAACUUAUAUCACGUCCAUGAUCUAUAUUCUAAUCAAUAAGCCUAUUCUCCAUGCUCAAUUUCUCACCAACAAGGAUGAAACCCCACCAACGAUCCGGCGGGUGAGGACAUGGGGACAAGUCUUCUUGAUUGCGUGUGUCGCAAUUGGCAUCUAUCUUUUCAGAAAAGGGGGUGAAGGCACAUACCUUGGACUCAUAUUAAUAUGGGCCUGUCCAUUCACUCUUUUGACAUGGUCAUUUUCUGGCUAUUUCUGGCUCAAGCUCCCUUUAACCUGCGUUGGCAUCCCAAUAAUCGUACCAACACUUUACCUCUGGAUUGUGGAUGAAUUCGCUUUGGGCCGUGGCACUUGGGCCAUUGAAUCUGGAACGAAGCUGGGCUGGUGUAUAUGGGGUAGCCUCGAAUUGGAAGAGGCUGUCUUCUUCCUCGCGACCAACACGUUGAUUGUCUUCGGCUUGGUUGCAUUCGACAGAGCAUUGGCAGUCCUCCACACAUUUCCUCAACACUUUCCAACUGUUCCGGCGCUCCCUUCUCCCAGUCUUCUGGUCUUGGGCCUCCAUCUUGACCCGGCAAACUAUGAUAUGGAUCGGAUUAGAGGUAUACGAGAGGCUGUGAAAGUCCUAAAACGAAAAAGUAGGAGCUUUUAUUUGGCUAGUGCGGCCUUUCCUGGUCGCCUUCGGAUUGAUUUGAUUUUCUUGUAUUCAUUUUGCAGAGUAGCAGAUGAUUUGGUUGAUGAUUCGCACACGAGCAAUGAAGCUUUGGCGUGGAUCAAUACACUGACCGACUAUCUAGAUCUCGCUUAUGGUUCACAUAAGCGAUCGACUGAUUUGGGAAAUGUUGUGGAAGCCUUUGUGAAUAACAACUUUUCAGGAACGACGAGAUUUGCGCCGAAUUUCCUACCAACCAAAUUUCUUCCAAGCGAGCCACUUUACGAGCUCUUGGAAGGGUUUAAAAUGGAUCUCCCCUUUAAUCAAUCUGGCAAAGGACAACAAAAUGUGCAGUUCCCUAUCAAUGACGAAGCCGAUCUUGAGUUGUACGCACACCGGGUCGCAAGCACAGUUGGAGAAUUGUGCCUGCAGCUCGUUUUUCAUCACAGCGAGAAGCAGCUUCCAAACCAUCAAAAAUCAAUUCUGGUUACGGCUUCACAAAUAAUGGGCCAUGCAUUACAGUAUAUCAAUAUCGCUCGGGAUAUAGCAGUAGAUGCGGAAAUGGGUCGGGUUUAUCUGCCAACAGACUGGCUAAAGCAGGAGAGUCUCACCCCUCAAGAUGUUAUCAAGGAUCCCACGCAGCCGAGAGUAGAAAAACUUCGACAGAAGUUGCUAGAUCGGGCAUUCAAGGAAUACGAACGAUCAAGAGACACGAUGGAUACGCUGCCUAGUGAAGUACGUGGGCCACUGAUUGUAGCCGUUGAGAGUUACAUGGAAAUAGGACGUGUACUACGAGAGAGGACUGCUGCCCCUUCCAGAACCCGAAAGGGGCGGGCAACAGUUCCUCUAUCGAGACGUGUAUGGGUUGCGUGGAAGAAUUUGUCUAUAAAUUGAUGGUGGGGGGGAUGUCUGUUUGCGAGUAUUGGUAUGUGAGCGUGGCGUAGGAAUUAUGGGUUUCAUUUCAUCUGCAUUACAUAGGAGGCAUUCAUUACGAGGCACGAGGCUUUAGGUCAUCUUACUCAGCUGCGUGGUUGUGCGUUUAAUAUGUCUGGACUUAAAUCCUGGUAUGAAAUCCGUACUGCGAAUCCGGAUGAUGAAUCAUCAAGUUGGAUCUGGAUCUGGAUACGAUGUACCUGUCCUACUUUUCUACAUAUGUAACUAACCCUACCCCGGACGAUACGGACAUAAACCAAAACAAACCUAGAUCAUGUUAUAUACGAUGU